AUGGACGACCCUUUCGUGGCUACCCCUCUGGCCGCAGCCCAAUCCCAGCGAGAACCGCACCGUUACUCGUCCUUUGACAACCAGCUGCUGACCUUGAACUCGUCCUCGCCGACACAGCUGAAACGAGCACUGGAAAUCCAUCUUGCUGAAACCGAUCGAAGGCUAGAGGAGACGUCCAGGCUUGGCACCGCUCUGGUCCGCCAGCAGCAGGAACUCGCCGACAAGCUGAAAGAGGUCGAGCAGCAACAGGAGGACGGGGAGAUUGGACCCGAGUUACGUCAAAGGCUACUCGCCCUGGAGAAGGAUUACAAUGAGAUCGGACGGGAGUCGGCGAGGACCACCUUCGCUGCCAAGCCAAGGCUUCUCGCACCUGAAGAUACCCCCUUGGACAGUCGAACGUCGAGUCCGGCCUUUCUGUCAAGCCAGGCGACCAAUUCUCCGUCAAAGGUUAGCGUUCCGUCGAGGAGACAACGCAACCAGCCUGCCAGCCGCAUACACGACAUUGAAUUCGCUACCGAGAUCAGCACCUCGCUUCUCACCCAGGUCCGCCAGCUUCAGGCCCUGCUGGCCGAGCGUGACGAGGCCCUCCGCGAAACAAACUUGGAAAAGUCUAGGCUAGAACUCGAAGCCGAGGGGUUCGCCCAGCGCAUCAGAUCCCUCGACGAGAGCGAGCAACGGUACAAGGAUGAGAACUGGAGACUUGAAACGCAGUCCCAUGAGCUUAUGGCGGCUGCCAAGGAGGCUGCCGCACGCGAAAAUCGGUUGACCGCCAACCUGAAUGCCCUGACCUCCAAGAAGAACAGUGUCCAGCGGGAGCUCGACGAACUCAAGCAGGCCAACGGGAAACUUCUCGAAGAACACUCGGCCGCCCAAAAGGCUCACGACUCUGAACUUCACAUCCUGCGACGCAACCUCAACACCGGUGAUGCCGAGCGCAACAACCUUCGCAAGAAGGUCGACGAACUCGUCAGCCAAAACCAAGAACUCGCAAAGGCAGUCGCCGCCAAACUCAGGCAACAUGAAUCUGAACCCGCUAGAAAUGUUGAAUCGGAAGCCAGCAACAAGGACGAAGAUGAAGAUACCCCGGACAGCUCGCCUCCCCCGUCGCCCAACAAGGUGACGCCUCGUCACGGCCACCUGGAGUCUGAAACGCUAAAGAGCUCUCUCCACCAUGCCCACCGAAUGAUUCAGAACCUGAAGAGUAACAUUCAUCGUGAAAAGUCAGAAAAGAUCGAACUCAAGCGCAUGUUACAAGAGGCGCGAGAUGACCUGGAGGCCCGCAGAAAUGAAAUAGCAGCCGCCCAAGGCAGCGCGCAGAAGCGUCAGAGGACAAAGGCUGAGAUAUUCAAGAAGCCGCCACGCCCAGAUAUGCUCGGGGCCGGUAGGAAAGGCAUUACCGAGAUUGAACUUGACGAGCCUGACUGGGAAGAUGAAGAAGUCAUGGAAGCCAGCCCGACCAAGACCGUUCGACCAAGGCAGGCCUCAGUCGUCUACACCCGUCCUCGUCCCCGUCCUCGCUCCGGUUACAUCAGCACAAGCGACGCGUACCAGACUGCAAACGAAACCGAAGACGGUGGCUUUGAGACCGCGCAGGAAGCCGAGACCGCGACCGAGAGUGAAGAUUUCCAAACUGGUGCUGAAAGCGUUGCGGCAGACAGCAGCGACGAACUCACAGAGACGGAAGACCGCGCAGUUGGACAGGGAACACACGCGCUGCCGUAUAAGCUCCGUAACGCAAAGGCUGGUGACCGCACCUCGUUCAUGAGUACUGCGUCCACCUCGGCUGACGAGGAUGAUUACCCUUACCACGAAGUGCAUACUCCUGUGCAAUCCCAGCCUCCUCGUUAUCGUCUAAAGAUGCAGCGGGGCCGACACGCAAGGCCGUCUGAGGAGACGAUCCAUGCGGGCAGAAGCAUGGGCUACGAUGUCCCAUCCCCCGGGAGCCUGCAUAGUCCCAAGCAGCCUAGAGUUGAGGGCGGUCGAAGUCUCUUUGCAGAGCUCGGUGAGGCCGGCAUGGGGAGUGACGGCGAAUUCGGGAGCCCGCUGCAGUCCAACAAUCCUGUCUCAGUGGACUCUACCCCUAUCCGCAGUCUCAGUUUCAUGCAGCAGAAACAGGUUGAGCAGCCGCCACGCAUAGCCGUGGUUGACUCGUCCACGAUGACCGAACCAUGGCCUGCUCCCACUCCCGCAAGUGAAACUGUAGCAACGCAGACUCUGGCUCCCCAAACUGCAGAUGCCACAACUUCCACAACCUCCGCAGCCCUUGUAGACAUCGCAACUCAGUAUACUGUCAAUGAGCGUCCUCUUAUCACUCAAACUGGAGCCAUAGUUGUUUUCGAUACUCUGCCGGCAGAGCCUGCUAAAUCCGUAGAUACGGCGACCCAAUACACUCCCGUCCUGUCUCAGCCUAUGGCUCAAAGUGGCCCAAUAGUCGUGCUUGAUACGCCGCCGGCAGAACCUACAAAAUCUAUGCUGGUAGACAUGGCAACUCAAUGUACUCCUUCAAAGCCUCAGCCCAUGGUUCAAAGCGCAACGAUGGUCAUGUUCGAUUCCCCUCCAGUCGUUGCACCCGUCGAAGAGGACAAGUCCCGCGAUAUUAUUGCGCCAAUCCCAAUUCCUGUCCCCUUUCCUUCAACUUCUACUCCAGAACCAAGCGCGGAACCCACCAAACUGGAACUCUCGCCAAUGCUGUUUGAAGAAACUGUCCCGAUUCCAGCACCCGUUGUUGAACAACCGCGACGAAGCUCAAUGCAUCUCGCCAUUUCUGACGUUACAUUUGAACAAUCCCGUCCUGCCACACCUCAACCGGCGCCGGCUGUCCUUCCAGUCGCUCCUUUUACUCCCCCAAAAUACAUGGCAUCCUCAAUUCAAACUAUCGACACACCGCCGAUAUCGCCUCCCACACAGACCGUAAUUGUAAAGCCGUCCGUCCAACUGGAAAUGUCAUCGAUUUAUACUGAGUUCACUGCGCCUGCUGCUCCCGUUCUCCGUGAGCCUCCCGUGGCUGCACUGGUCACGGACAGAGAUGUUCAUUCAACUGGAACGUCUCCAAGGAGGCCGAGAACUGCCGUCCAUGAUAGGGAUAGCGACGCUCCUUCGUCUCUAGAAUCGUCACGCGAAAUAAUGCCACCUAUGUUCAAUGCAGAGACUAGAAAUAUCGUGAAGCCUGAACAGCCAAAACCACCAUUCGUACCCGCCCGGGUUGCAGAGAAUGGGGCCCAGACUAUCUUAACAAGCAAACAGAUCGAUUCUCUCCUCCUAGAGAAGCGUGUUCUAGCACCACCAAAAACGCCAGAGUCUAGGGUUGCAAUUACCCCCUUGCCUAGCUCGCCGGAAGAAUCUACAUUGGCAACCCCCAGGGCUAAGACACAGCCAUCUACGAUUAAUGACAAUUUUCUGCUCCCCAAUGCUGCCACCAGACGGCCAGGGAGUGCGGGAAGCAGGCGCAGUGCUAUGGCACAUCCUCCCCUACCGGCAGACCAUAAGCAAGCAAUUGCUGCCGCUACCCAAAGGAUAUCAACUGAGAGUCCAACCCGUGCUAUGGGACCCCCAGCCGCCCCUGCUUCCGCCUAUCGACCGGGUGUCCCGUCUCGACCACGGACUCCCAAUGAGCAGGCCAGUGGAACUGCCACUGUUCAGGGAAGUAAUGGAUCGAAGACCCGGCACAGACAUGGUAGCGUCGCGUCCAGACGAUCUUCAAUAUCAUCUUUUGUAUCCGAACUUGACGAUCGGUUCAAUUUAUCAAGAUCGGAAUAUGGCUUCGAGCCUGGCACAGAUCCACGCAUGAUUCAGGCCAUUACACAGACAAUGAUUGGCGAGUACCUAUGGAAAUAUACUCGCAAACCAGGCAGACCAGAAUUUUCCCAAACGCGACAUAGGCGGUACUUCUGGGUCCAUCCGUUCACCAGAACCUUGUACUGGAGCACUCAGAGCCCACAGACUGCCAGCAAAGCCCAGUUGAUGGCCAAGAGUGUAGCUAUUGAAGCUGUCCGAGUGGUCACUGAUGAUAACCCAUACCCUCCUGGCCUCCAUCGCAAGAGUUUGGAGGUUGUGACUCCUGGAAGGACCAUGAGGUUCACCGCCGCCACCAGCCAACGACACGAAACCUGGUUCAAUGCACUUUCAUAUCUCCUUUUACGUGCCAACGAAGAGGAUGGCGAAUUAGCACUUCACAGUACACCAGAGGACGGUCCGGUUGACUUUAACCCUUCCUUAAAUGGCAGAUCAUCCCGCAUGACGGACCACUCCCGACGAUCUGCAGUAUCCCACAACAGCCGAGUUACCCGGGGCAUGGCUCGCCAGUAUGAUAUUACUCCCGGCCACGAGUCCCCUUCACUCUCGGUCCGACCGCCUGAUUCGACGCUGAAGACCGAACAAGGUCGGCAAGGGUCCGUUUCUAGAAUAAGCAGUAUGUUCAAAAACUCAGGGAUGAUGGGAACGUUCUCCAGCCGUCGAAGCCGGUACGGUGGCAAGCGAGAAAGUGUGGAUGAUACCAGCCAAGAGGACAGUGCCGAAGAUCUAAGGCGUAUCUUGGAGAGACAAGAAAGAGAAGCAGACAGAAUAGAGAAUGUCCGCGCUUGUUGUGAUGGCAAACAUGAUGUUGGCUCCCUUUCAAGAACUAGCCGCUUCGUCAACUCAAGGCUAAAACGGCUUUGCCAGCGAUGCCUACUGCGGAGUAAAAGAAAAGCAAAAGUUCCAACCUUUUGGUGA